CCUAUACUUUCUGAACGGAACAUCUUUUUCAUAUUCUUAGAGUGGUCAGAGAAACAAGCUUCAAGAAAUUGUUCUAUUAACCUGCCAGACGAUGGCGGUUGAUAAGCUGAAAAAGUUUAUGUUUUUCCCCCUCUUCCUCAUGCUGCUCUACUGCUCGACGACACUGUUCUUUUUUUACACAAACACGGGCAGUUUUUCACCAUCAUGGGAGCGUACGAACAACAAUCACUCUUCAGUUGAUUCCGAUCAGUUGUCACAACCAUUAAUGGAGGCCCAACAGAUGCAUCAACAGGUGGUAAGAGACGUGCGUUACACCCGGAGCUUCUUGAAAUUCCACCUGAGAAAUCUUAACUCAAACACCAAGCGUAGCACCAUCCUUGAAGAACUGGAACAUUACUUAAGAGUGAUCUCCCACGACCUCAUCGCACUUGGUGAGGUCGACGGGUUUCGGGAGUGGCGGGAGGAGGAGGCCGCUGCCCUCAGCGCCCUCGUACAACAUCGGCUGCACGUCUUGCAGAAUCCUCGCGACUGCGCCUCUGCCAAGAAGAUCUACUGUGAUUUUACAGCUCCAGCCCGAGGUAUGGGGAGCCAUCUGCACCACCUGAGCUACUGUUUCCUGGCAUCGUAUGGCACUCAGCGAACCUUGAUUCUGAACACGAAGGACUACAAUGGCAAUCCCGAAGGACUCGAAACAUUCUUUCCUCUGAGCGAGACCUGCACGAGUUACAACAAGUCUCAGAUGGUUUCUUGGCCAGGAAAGGAAGAUUCGCUUGUUGUGCAUUUUCCGGAUUGGGACAGACCGAACCCGAGGCCGAAAUAUUUUCCAAAAUCAAUCCCAAAGGACAUUUCCGAGCGUCUGAUGCGCCUCCAUGGAGAUCCUUUUGCCUGGUGGAUGGGCCAAUUCUUCAAGUAUGCCAUGAGGAUGAACCAAGAUUUCCAGAAUUACACUGACAAGCUAGCACGAGAAAUGGGUUACGAGUCUCCUGUUGUAGGCUUGCAGAUUCGGCGGUCAGACAAAUUGAAGAUGGAGGCAGUUUACAUUGACCUCAGUGUGUACAUGAAAGAAGUGGAUGAAUUCUACAAAGAGCUGGAGUUGCGUCAGACCGUUGCUCAACGAAGGAUUUUCUUGGCCACUGACGAUCCAAAAGUAAUUCUAGAAAUAAAGAAGAAGUACCCGGAGUACAAGCUCCUGUACAACUCGGCCAGUGUAGACUCGACGCGCAAAAGCCAGCGGAAAAGGGGGUCGAGUUUACAAUAUUUUCUCGCUGAUGUUUACUUUCUGUCGCGAUCCGACUACCUUGUCUGCGGGAUGACUUCCAAUGUCUGCAGGCUGAGUUACGAGCUGAUGCAGACCCUCCAUGUUGACGCGUCGACCCGCGUCUCGUCAGUUGACAGAGAUUACUUCUUUCACUAUGAGGUCGGAGAUGUCGUCAAGGCUCGCUUUUCGCAUAAGCCCAGAAGGACCGGAGAACUAGAAAUGCGGGAAGGAGAUCUGGUGGACCGAAACGAUAUACCUUCUCAUUUCUACAAGCAUCCCAGCAAAAACAAUGGGUUUCAGUGGGGCAGGAACAUGCGUACCAAAAAAUCAGGUUAUUAUCCUGUUUACAAGACCAUCGAAAUUUUGGAAAAGGCAAAUGUCCAGUCUUUUGAACACAUUGACAGAAUGAACAAAACCGUAUAAUUGUUGAUACUAUUUUUUAGUUACUGGUUAAUAGUGCGAGGUUAGGGAAUUGUUUGUGAUUAUGUUGUCAAGAUUAUAAAUAUUAGAGAUCGUAAGAUCCAUUUAUAUAUCAAACAGAAUGAAGGUAACUACUUGGGGAGUUGUCUUGGAUUCAACAACAGUCUCCGAUCGAGUCUAAACUCUGUUGAACGGUACAUUCAUGGCCAACUAUUCCAAACUACAAAGUAGUGAAGUUAAACAAGAUAGCCGAAAUAUUUGUAAACAGUGUGUGUAUUUGUCAAUUUCUGCUCAGUUUUUGAUAAUUCUGUUAUUAAUUAGGUAAUAUUGAUUUUUGUGUGAAAUCUACGUGUUUACUUGAAUAGUGUUGGUGAAGAGCCAGUUUAAAUAUUUUCUAAUGGGGAAAUGCAUAGAAGCAAAAAGGAAAUAGCACAUCAAUAAGAAUAUUGUAACUACAAUAUCGCGAUCAGAGUUUGUAAGCCUGGUCAUUGAGAGUGAUUUUAUUGUUCGUGUUGUUUAAACUGUCCUACACGGCAUAUAUUAUAAUUAACAGAGUCCUACAUGGCAUACAUUAUGUUUAA